GCCCCGCCACCGGCUGAGUCACCGACGGCCCCGGCCGGUUCCCAGCUCCCCGGGACGAGUUUCACCGGGACCGGCAGCGCCACGGUGCCCAACCUUGACCGGUGCCAGCCGGAGCCUUCCCAGGGCCCUGGGAACUGGGGCAGCUGGUGGGGGCCGGGCUGGAGACCGCUGGGAUUUAAGAUGCCCCGAGGUGCCGCGGGGACAUGGGACGAGCUCUUUCGGCUGGAAAUGAAGGUCCUCCUGCUGCUGGCUGCCCUGGUGGCAGUGGCCACUGCCACCGAGGAUUUUGUUGGGCACCAGGUGCUGCGCAUCGUCCCCAGCAGCGACGCAGAGCUGAGGAGGGUGCAGGAGCUGCAGGACCUGGAGGAGCUGCAGCUGGAUUUCUGGCUGAUGCCCCGUGGCACUGGGGACCCGGUUGAUGUCCGUGUGCCCUUCCCCAGCCUGCAGCCCCUCAAAGCCCACCUGGAGGCCAACGGCAUCCCCUACUCCAUCAUGAUCGAGGACGUGCAGGCGCUGGUGGACCGUGAGCAGAUGCAGAUGCUUCGCCGCCGCCGGCUCCUGCCGCUAUCCACCGACGCCUUCGACUACAGCAGCUACCACAACCUGGACGAGAUCUACGCCUUCAUGGACCUGCUGGUGGCUGAAAACCCCAACCUGGUCAGCAAGCUCGAGAUCGGCCGGACAACAGAAAACCGCCCCCUCUAUGUGCUCAAGUUCAGCAAAGGGGGGACGAACUGCCCGGCCAUCUGGAUCGACACCGGCAUCCACUCCCGCGAGUGGGUGACACACGCCAGUGGCGUCUGGUUCGCCAAGAAGAUUGUCCAAGAUCAGGAGAAAGAUGAAGGUCUGGCCUCCAUCCUGGACCAGAUGGACAUCUUCCUGGAGAUUGUCACCAACCCAGACGGCUUCGUCUUCACCCACACCACGAACCGCAUGUGGCGCAAGACCAGGUCCAAGAGGUCGGGCUCCCUCUGCGUCGGCGUGGACCCCAACCGCAACUGGGAUGCAGGUUUUGGAGGGUCUGGGUCCAGCAGCAACCCCUGCUCGGAGACGUACCGAGGGCCCUACGCUGACUCGGAGCCCGAGGUUGAGGCCAUCGUGAACUUCGUGAAGAACCACGGGAACAUCAAGGCUUUCAUCUCCAUCCACAGCUACUCCCAGCUCCUGCUCUAUCCCUACGGCUACACCACCACCCCUGUGCCUGACAAGGAGGAACUGCACCAGGUGGCCGAGGAGGCUGUCGCCGCUCUGUCUUCUCUGUACGGCACCAAGUAUAAGUACGGCAGCAUCAUCAGCACCAUCUAUCAAGCGAGCGGAGGAACCAUCGACUGGACGUACAAUCAGGGCAUUAAGUACUCCUUCACCUUCGAGCUGCGGGACACGGGGCGCUACGGGUUCCUGCUGCCCGCCAGCCAGAUCGUGCCGACCGCCCAGGAGACGUGGCUGGCGCUGAAGGUCAUCAUGCGCCACACGCGCGAACACCUCUACUAACAGGAGCCGGAGCAGUGGCUGACUCAGCUGCGGAGAAGAAUGCAAUAAAUUGCUGGAAAGGAGAGAAAUGCCUCUUGUUGUGGGUUCCCUUAUUCCAAUUGUGUCAAAAAGCUUUUUCAGCGUUCUUGGGGGUGGCCAACAUAAACAGGGCAUGUUGGCCCAGCAGGCCCACAGGGGGAUUAAGGACAUAAAGACAGUGGGACAUGAAACAAAGGUGCUUGUUUUCCCCCUGCUGGAGCAGAGGAUGGAGGGGGGAGAGCCUCACUUGGACACUGGGCAAGCAGAGACCUCAGAUACCUCAGCCGUGCUGGCAGGACUGGUGUGCACCGUCCCCUGGGGAUGAGGUGGCUCUGGGGUGUGCCCAAGGCAAGUUAGCAAGACUUAUCCUGCGUGUUUUGGUGGUCAAACACCAACUUGUAGCACUGUUAGAACUGCCCCUCCUCACGUGCUGUGAUCCCCGGGCGAGGGGAGCUCA